AUGCCCGCACUCGACGGUAUUCACGUCCUCGAGCUGGCCGGUCUGGCCCCCGGCCCCUUCACAGGAAUGAUGCUAGCCGACAACGGCGCCAGUGUGAUCCGGGUUGACCGCGUCAAACAACCUCAUCAGCCAAGUCCCGACGUUUUAAUUCGAAACAAGUCCUCAAUCAAGAUCGACCUGAAGUCUCCCGGAGGCAAAGAUCUCUUUCUUUGUCUCGUCAAACGCGCCGACGUCCUUAUCGACCCAUUUCGGCCGGGUGUCUUGGAGAAACUCGGCCUGAGUCCGACCGAAAUACUGCUGAAAGUCAACCCUCGCUUGAUCGUGGCUAGAUUGACUGGGUUCAGACGAGAUGGCAAAUAUGCCAAUAUGGCAGGCCACGACAUCAAUUAUCUGGCCGUAUCAGGUGUUCUGUCAAUGCUUGGUUCCUCGGCACAAGUUCCCCCACACAACCGUCCCCUCCCACCACUUCCACCAGGAAAUAUACUUGGGGAUUUCGCGGCAGGAGGACAUAUGUGUUUCACAGGAAUCAUGUUAGCCCUUUUUGCCCGUUCCAGGACGGGGAAAGGACAGGUCGUGGAAUCGAAUAUGGCAGAUGGAGCGAGUUACCUUGCAACUAUGCCGCGCAUCUCGAUUAAAAUCCCCGGCCAAUGGGACGAGCCCCGGGGACACAAUCUUUCCGAUGGAGGAUGCCCAUACUACUAUGUCUAUGAAUGUAAAGAUGAUGGAAAAUACUUCGCCGUCGCCGGAUUAGAGCCGCAAUUCUUUGAUCAACUGGUGAAGGGACUUGGUCUGGAAAAUGAGGAGUGGGUGAAGGAUCGAGAGAAUCGUGCAAGAUGGCCCAAUAUUAAAGCCGCAUUUGAGAAGCGCUUUAGACAGAAGACGCGGAAAGAGUGGGAGAAGAUCUUUGAUGGAAGUGAUGCCUGUGCCACUCCGGUUUUAACUCAGGGGGAACUGGAGGCUAGUGGCUAUGAGCUGAGGCCGGGUGUGACGUUAACCGACACACCGGCUUUGCCAAUUGGUGAAUCUGGAUGGAAUGUAGAGAUCUUACAGCCCGGUGAGGGUGGUGAAGAGGCAUUGACCGAGUGGCUGGGGUGGAAGAGGGGUCGUGAUUACACCACAACAGGUAACGGGGCAAUACUGGCAGCACCUGUGCGUGGUUCGAUCCGGUACCUACCCUCCUGCCGUAUAUAG